AUGCCAGAGCUUGAUGAGGAGUCAGCGCUGCUGUCAGACCAGGAUGUGAGGGCCCUUGUGCUGGCGCUGCCCCUGAGACACCGCUGGCGACGAUGGAACCUCUUGUACAGCACAGCACGAGACGGCAUCAGCCUGCAGACCUUGUACAGGCGAUCCGAGGUGGGGCCGAGCAUUCUGGUGGUGAGGGACCGCAAUCAGCACGUGUUUGGCUGCUUCACAACUGAGAGCUGGCGAGUUGCGCCGCGGUACUACGGCACUGGGGAGUGCUUUGUCUUCCAGCUCCAGCCCAAGGCGGUGAUGUGGCCGUGGCAUCAGAAGCGGAUGGCGGUGGCGCGCAACGAUUUCUUCCAGUUUGGCCGGGGGGACUGCCUGGCGCUGGGGGGCGCGCCGCACUACGCGCUGUGCCUGAAUGGGGAUCUGGAGUUUGGCAGCAGCGGUGACAGCGACACUUUCGGCAGCCCCUGCCUGGCCAGCAGCGAGGAGUUUGAGAUCGGGCGCCUGGAGCUCUGGGGCCUCGUGUGA